UUUAGAGCCAUUUGAGGAAACGAGUAGAUGCAACAGGAGGUGCACCUAUCUGCUCGCCCAGUCCAGGAACGAAGAGGUGAAGGGCAAGAGAGGAGAGGCAUGGAGAAAUUUUCUAAUUUCCUAGACCUGUGCGUCAAACACCACAAGUUUUUGGGCAUGAGCUUGUUGAGCCUCCUGACCGCUGGCGGGGAGCGCCUUUUCUCUAGCGUGGUGUUCCAAUGCCCCUGCAGCGCUACUUGGAACAUGCCCUAUUCCAUUAUCUUCUUCCUAGUUCCAGCCCUGAUACUCUUCUCUUUGGGCUAUGUGCUGAGUUCUCAGGCUGGGAAGCUGGUGACUGGCUCCUGCACCCAGGACCAGGGGGACGCGCUUAAUGGCUCAGGCGGCCAAACUAAACUGGGACCCUGCCGCAAGAUGGCGAAGUGCUGUCCAAAGGCGAUGUGCUGUCACAUCACCUUGGUCGCUGCGGUGGCGCCAGUCACCUGGAUCGCAGUGGCGCUGCUUGGCGGAGAUUUUUAUGAGUGCGCCGCUAGCACGAGCGUGUGGGCCCAGAAAAGCUUGUGCAAAGAACCGGACUCCAGCUGUUUGGUAAACGUGGCGAACAUAACCUGCCAGAAGAAAAAAUCCGAGCAGAUCGAAGCGCUCUUGAAGGAGUUCAGGGCUCAGUCCCAGGUGGCAGGCUGGACAGUGAUAGCCGUAAUCAUGGUCUUGUUUGUGAUGGUCAAGUUCUAUACUUCUUGCACAUCUCCAGUUAGUUUUCUUCACUUCAGGUUCCUGAAAAUCUAUGAGAAAAAGGAACAAGAGAUAUUAAAGACCGAAAUGAAGAGGCAUGCUACUGAAAUGGCAGAAAAGAAUGUCAAAUCCUUCUUUGAAAAUUCCCACCUGGAGAAUGUGAAAAUCCCAAAGCCUGAGGACUGGAAGGAGAUUUCAGCAGUGUAUGAGAUCAAUGAUACAAAUUUUAGUUCAUUACAUAAGUAUGUUAAGAAAUCAAGAGAAUUAGAACCUAUUCAACAUUCUGCCUAAUUGAGAUUAAGGGGUUUAAGCAGUUCUCCACAAUAUUAUUUUGACUCCACCAAGGACAUAUCAUCAAUGGAUUUACGGGCAUAGAUUUAAAGUGUGGAGGGACUUCAUUUUGCAAAUGAGGCAACUAAGGCCCAGACUAGUUAAUUGACAACAUUUUGAUUUCCACUUUUUGCAAAGACACUAAUUUUGUUAAUAAACUGGAGCUAGAUUUUAUCAUAAUUUCUCUUUUGUAUUGGUGUUAUUUUUAUAUUUUAUAGAAUCAUAGAAUGCCUCAGCUAGAAGGGACUCCAGUUUAGUUCCUUCAUUUCAUAAAUGAAGGCUUUUGAAACUUCUUUUCUAUUUGUCCAAUUCUACUUUUUAAAUAGUUAUUUUCUGCAGAUUUUUCUACCUCUUUUCACAUUUGGCUAAUUCAGUUUUUUAUGAAAUUCUUCUCUUCAUUGGAUUUUUGUGCCUUUUUAAAAUCAUUUGGCUCUUCUGUUUUUUCAAACUGUUACAAUUAAAAUUAUUUUGAGAGACUGAUUUUUUGGUAAAAAUAUAAAUUUAUUGAUUAUAUUGUGUAUAAUAGUUAGGCCGGUAUCAUAACCAAUAAAGUGACAUAGAUCUCCAUUGCUCUUUUGGGACCAAUAACAAGCUGGGUCAGGCAGCUAAAUAAAUAGAUUUUUAGGAGCUUGUUAUUCAGCCCCUCCCUUGAACAACUCAAGACAUCUUUAAUUGGUGAAAGCUAUUUAAGAGGUGGUGCAUCAGCCUAUGUACCCUUCCUCAUCCCUACAAAUGGACAGGUCAUAUAUAUACAGGACAAGAAUCCUUUUUCCUUUCACCUAUUAACCAAAUUCUAUUAAAAAGGAAGACAUUGCUUGGGAUUCCCAAGAACAAAGAAAAUGCAAAAAGCAGCAUAUUAGAUGAUAUCUCUGGCCCAGAUCCAGACAUAGGAAUACAUGGUAAUUCUCCCUAAUAUAUAGGAAUUAAUUGUAAACCUCAAAUUUCCUUAGACUUAUAAUUGUUGGAAAUUUCACCAUUGGGAUAUUUCAUACUUGGAAAAUUUCUUACUGAUAGUCUAUUGGAAUGGGAACUCCAUUGGCAUGGGAGGUUCCUUCUCUUCCCUUCUUAAGAUUACUUUAGGACAGAAACCCUUUGCUGAACAAUGGAAAGGACUUUGACCUAUGCUUAAGCAUAGAACAGGAAUUUCUUUGAGUCUUGAUUGAUUUUAGAAUUGAUACAAUGGAGAUACUCCACUCUAUUCAGUCCUAAUAGGAUUGAGUAAGGGCUGCAGCCUAGAUCAAAAUUUAAUUAUUCCAAUCUCUACCAUACUCAAGUUAACAGGAUUUAGAAAGGGCUGUAGUAAAGGAGUAUAGAUUUAAUCAUUUGAAAAUAUGACCUUCAACAGACAUGUGCAAAAGCCAGAAACCUCUGGGCGGUCCUGGGUUAAGCGAGAGCCUCCAUUGACAGGGAAAUUGAUGAAGAGUGAUUGGUAGAUGUGAGGACUGAGGGGAGGCAACUUGGAUGGUGUCCUUAAAGAUAGGAGGGUCUGGAGACUGAGAGGGUUGGAGUUUUUUGGUCGGUGUGGUUCCGGGGCUCUGAGGAGUUUGCUCUGAAGGAAGCUGAAGGUGGGGGCCUCUGAGACUGUUUCUCCAUUUUGGACACGUGAGUAAUAGGGACUGAUCUCUUUUCUUUGCCCCAGCUAUCUAAGGGCUUGGGCCUUUUGGCCCAGCCUAAACAGAAGGGGUAUUUAAGCCCUAUUCCCUUCUCUCCCCUUUCUCUCUCUCUAUAUAUCUCUAAUUCCUUUCUUGCUCCUAUUGUAAUUAAACUCCAAAAAAGGCUGACAGCUGACUUGAGUUUUUCAAUUAGGAAUUACAUAGCUGAUUCCUUGGCGACCUUAAAUUAAUAUAUAUCAGUCUUUUAAAGUGAUUCCCUUGUUACAUAAUACAAUAUAUAACAAAUAAAUUGUCACAGGUGUUGUCUUCAGUAUUUUUU